CCCCUCAAACAGUCCACAAAAUAGCCCGGGAAGUAAGGAAUCUGAAUAAAGGCUUCGGAUAAUACAUAAAAAACAGCAGGUCAAUAUCUCCUUAUUGUUUAAAGCUCUGCGGCCGCUUGUGACGGAGGCGACAGGACGCGUGAUUGGAAGCGGCAGCGGACGUAACGGAGAACAGCAGACGCAAGAGCAGAGAGGGAGGAGAAAGAACGAGGAUAUACGUAACCGGGAUCUCAGCUGUAUUAGCGGAAGACAGGAUUCAGGCUUCCAGUGACAACCGAAACAGCAAUAUGGGGAACUAGUCCAAGGAAGAGCGAAUCAAACAAGGAUUAAACGUACGCGUUUGCUCAACUGACUGCACUCGCGCCGCCAUUCAUUCAAAAUAUCGAGUAGUUGUAUUGAUUUUUAUGUCACAUAUCCUUAUCGUACUUAAUACAGCACCAGAAUUGCUAAGGUAGCCCACUUCAACAAAUAGGCAGAGCAUCUGCUCUUUAAAUCGGCGUGUAGGAUAAUACACAGUACUGUAAUAUAUGUGAUACUAUAUGUAAAUAUCGGAUUUACUGUUUGCUCAAGAGUUUCUUUGGUUGGCUUCGAGGCACCAGCAAUGCUCUCUGAAAUACUGGGUUCCUGAUGCCCAGUUUGAACUGACCUGUAGUCUUCUGACACCAAAAGAAAGCGAGGAUAUUUAGUAUUCACAAGACUAAAGACCUUUGGCUUUUGAGCAAAAGGUAUCAUGUCUUCCAGAGAGCGACGCUCUGACUUGUACAUAAAAGCUGAACCCAGCAGCCCCGAGGGAGGAGGUGGUGGCGGUGGGAGGACCAGCCCGGGAGGAGCGUCCUCAGACUCCUCUCAGAGUGGAGGAGGGGGAUCCAGAGGAGAAAGUGCUGGUCGCUACUCCCCGCCCCCUUACACGCCUGCGUUGCGUUGCCAUUUUAAGGAGGAGGCUGCGGAUGGAGCCGAGGAGGGCUCUACCGGUAGCGUAGGAGGCCGCUGCAAGUAUACACUAAGCACGCUUCCCAAAAGGCUGUGCCUGGUGUGUGGAGAUGUGGCGUCUGGCUACCACUACGGAGUGGCUUCCUGUGAAGCCUGUAAGGCUUUCUUCAAAAGAACCAUACAGGGUAAUAUUGAGUACAGUUGUCCCGCCUCUAAUGAAUGUGAGAUCACCAAGCGCCGCAGGAAGGCCUGUCAGGCGUGUCGCUUCACCAAGUGCCUCAAAGUAGGCAUGCUCAAAGAAGGUGUCCGCCUGGACCGAGUUAGAGGCGGACGGCAGAAGUACAAGAGACGCCCGGAGGUGGAGAAUGCUACGUACCAGAAUGCACCAAUACCUUUAAGGAAAGAGGGGGAGAAGGGCUCAUCCAGCAUCAUUGUGUCUCAUCUGCUGGUGGCGGAGCCAGAAAAGCUGUUUGCUAUGCCAGACCCCCUGCAGCCUGACAAAGCCCAGCGCACACUCACCACUCUCUGCGACCUGGCCGACCGGGAACUAGUUGUCAUCAUCGGCUGGGCCAAGCACAUUCCUGGCUUUCUCUCGCUGUCACUGGCUGACCAGAUGUCCGUGCUGCAGUCGGUGUGGCUGGAGGUGUUGGUGUUGGGGGUGGCGUACCGUUCUCUCGGCUGUGAGGACGAGGUGGUGUUUGCUGAGGACUUUGUGCUGGAUGAGGAGAUGUCUCGUGUGGCCGGUCUGACUGAACUCAACGCCGCCAUCAGCCAGCUCGCUCGCCGUUUCAGGGUUCUGCAGCUGGACCGCGAGGAGUUUGUCAUGCUCAAGGCCAUCGCACUCACCAACUCAGAUUCGGUGUACAUUGAGGACAUGGAGGCUGUGCAGAAGUUACGGGACCUGUUGCAUCAGGCUCUGCUGGAGCUGGAGGUGCAGCGACGCCCUGACGACCCCCAGCGUGCGGGGCGACUCCUCCUCACCCUGCCCCUCCUCAGGCAGACCGCUGGCCGGGCCCUCACCACCUUCUACAGCAUCAAGACCCGUGGUGGCGUGCCUAUGCACAAACUCUUCCUGGAGAUGCUGGAGGCCAUGAUGGACUCACCCUAGAGUAGAGAUGACAGGGAUGGAUGAAGGGUGAAGAAAACGGGCAAAACGUUUGCCCGGAGUCUUUUUGUAUGUGCAAGGGCUACAAAAGCCAAUAGAAAACACUUUUUGGGGUUGACUAUGAAGAAGUCGCUUUGUGUAGCUGUCCGCCGGUACUGGUCUUUCACAUCCAAUCCUCCUCCUUCAUUUGAUUUCAAUGGGUACCACGUCAACACAGGCUUGGGUCAGUUCAGACACACUUAAUAUUUAUAUCAGUGUUAGAGAAACCACAGACAACGUGUAAUUCAUUGUCACUUCACGGCCAUCCUGAUAAGUGUUUCUAGGAACUUACCAUUAUUAUAAACUCAGAGAAAUUUACGUGCCAAGGGCGCCUACUGAGACUGCAGCAAUAUGAACUCUUCCCUGAAUCGCACGAUUCAGCGUUAUCUCCUUCUUUAACAAUGGUAGGCCGUCGAAACAAACCGUCACUAUCACUACAGUUAUAAUCAAGUAAGCUUUCUUUUUCUCCUUAGAACGGUGCAUAAAAGGCACUCGUGUAAAGUUAAUAAUGUCUUUUAUAAUGCACUCGCCAUACUACAAGUGCUAUCUAACUUUGUCCUGUUAGCUUUUUGUGGAAUAUGCAACACAUAGGUGAAGACUUACUGGAGGAAAUACAAUACAAACUUCAGUUUUCUGGUACACACUGGUACUGCAAAUAUACUGCAACAUCAUAUUAUGGAAAGCAAUAUGAAUGAUUUCAUAACUCAUUUGAUGUCAGCCGUUUUUAAAAAUGAGAGGCUGCCAUGCCACGUCCUGCUUCAAAACAAAAUUUAGUAUUGGUGUAGUCGCAUAGUAAAGUAAGCAAAGUCAGUUUUUUUUUAUUGUAGAACAUUUUCAUAAACCACGCCGUCCUUUGUAUAAUAUCCAAUUGUUUAAAAAGAAUAAUGUCGUCGUUUUGGGAUAUGGAUUAUGUAAAUGGGAGAUUAUGGGUACUAAAUGCUGAACUGAACCAACAGUGCGUCUAAAUCAGGGUAACCGUAAUGGCCACUAAUGUUGUUGAUUGUUGCUGUAAUUUUUCCAGAAGGUGUGGGACUGAGGAGAUAUCGUCCUCAGUUCUUCAGAUGGCACUGGCCUGCUUAUGAACAAUUCGGAGUAAUUAGUUUGGAAAUACUUUUUUCAGUCAUUCAUCCAUUUGUACACGGACGCAGCCGGACAUCCUCCAUCCGAGGUUUGUUCUGUGAUAUUCAAACUAAAAGCCUCUGUGGUGCAGAGCAACAUUAAAUGCAAAUUGGAAAGCCUCACGAGAUGGGCUCAUCCCGAGUCAUCGCUUCGAGACUCUUCGUUCGGCUGUUUUAGGAUGUGUUUGCGUUGUCUCCUCAUAGUUGUUUGUUUGCAGACGCUCGUCUGGUAUUAUAUGCAAUCAUACCCCAUUCAGAGUACUGCAACUCCUCUACCUUUUAUUUAUUCUACACAUGUGAAAACCGGAGGAAGGAAAGCCAGUUGCCGUUUUGGCCUCUUUACCAAUUUAAGUACUAAAAAUGAAAACCACUGUUGUACGGAGUCAGACCUCGGAGGUGACGCCACAUCUUCAGGGUGAUUUUUCACUGUAUACUGUUCGCAGCAAUGAUUGUAUGAGCGCUUUGAAAGUGGUUCGCUGCAGAUACAUGCCAUAGACGCAUAGGUAAAGAAUCUUCCAAGGUUGAUAUUUAUGAUAGUUUCAGCUCAACAAUCGGUUUAAUCUGGGUCUGCAGAUUUCUAGUCCAAAAUACUGAGGGGGACGUGUUGUGAUUCAGGCCUUUUGGGUGAUCAUAUGAGUUUCUGUUGCUCUUUUUGUGCUUAUGGCAUGGCUUUAGGUUUUGGUUUUCCAUAUAGACUAUGAAGCUUGGCCUCAGGUUUGGUAUUGAAAUAAAGCAAUUCAUUUGGGAGAAUGUUAUAAAAUGUCUGUUUUGUAUUGAAUGUUUUUUUUUUUUAGAUUUAUCUUUUUGCAAUUAAAGUACUAACUUUAAGACAUAUGAAAGCCAGUGGAUGUUAUAUUCCGUGUGUUCAUUUUUGUUUAAUAUAUGGUAUUGCAGUUUUCAAGCACUAAUACGUGUUAAUCACUGCAAAACUUUCUCUGCUUUUUUUUUCUUUUUUUUUCCUUAAAAUACCGCCAGUUUGGCUGUUAAGGGAAUUUUGGGAUAUUUCGAUAAACUCGGGUUUAAUAUAUUUUUAUUCAAUCUAUAUGCAUUUAUCAAAACUGAAGUAUGUUUUUUUUUUUCUUUCUAACAUAUCAGUUUUUUUCUUUUGCGCAGAGGAAGUUAAUGUCUCUCCUAAGUGGUUAUUGGGAUGUCGUGGACUGUGUACAUAACCAUGAAUGAAUGGGUCCAUUCAAAGACAGCUGUAAAAUAUGUCAAUGUUUGUGUCAAUAAUAACUCUAAUAUAACGAUGAUAUUACAGUAGUGUUUUCAUAAUGGUAAGCAUUAUAUAAAGCCAUUUUGUCAGUCAGACUUAGAACAUAACACGAUUGAGAGAGAAAUUAAAUUCAUGACUAGGUGUUUUUGUGUGUCUGUGUAUAUUUAUGUAAAUGAGCAAUACCAGAAUUUACCAAAAUGUUUGUUUUGACAUUUUUCUGUAUACUGAUAUACUGUAAAUCAAACCUCAACAGUAACACUAGUGAUAUCAGUCAAUAGUAAUAAUAAGAACUAAAGUAAAAAACAAAUCAAUAUUUGUAUUCCAAAAUG